AUGUAUAAGUUAUUUUUUAUAAUAUGCAUAAUGCACAGCUUUUCAAAAAGGAUAUAUUACAACAAAUAUGAAGAGGAUCCAGUAAAUUCAUAUGAAAAAUGUUAACGAAUGUUCUGUUAGAAUUAUGCUGACUCAUGCUUUUCUGAUGCAUCUUGUAUGUAGACAUAGCAUAAUUGUUUCUCUAAAUAUUACACCAACGACCCUUAAAAAUACAAAAAAUAGGUACUAUGUAUCUCAUUUUAGUACUAUUAAUGCAUUAAAUCAAAUAUCAAAGCCAGGGCAUAUAUAUAUUGUAUGGAAACCUAUUGCUAAUAAGACCUAUUAUAUAUAUUAUCUAGCAUUAAUAAGAACAUUUGA